AUGUCAACUUCAAGAGACGCCUUCUCGCCAGCAGAGUCGUGGGAGACGCAGUCGGAAGAUGUGGAUGACGACAUGGAUUACGAGCUUGCAAGUGACGAACCCACACCUUCAGCCGAUGACGAGGACGAUGUGGAGGGCGGCCAGACGAUCUACUUCGAUGCGGAGGAGGGUACCUUGCUAGAUGAAGAUGGUGAAGAGAUCUCGUUCGCGGUAGACGAGGAAGAGGAAGGCGGUGACGAUGGAGAGGAAGAUGAGGAUGCAGGUGAAGGAGCCGAGGGUUCACAAACACCGCAGCCAGCCCCAGCGAGACAGACACGCACGAUCAAUAUGACACAGGCCCAGCUGUUACAAUUACUGAGCCAUGCUGGGCUACGUGGGAUAUUCCAGCACAGCGGCAUCACGACAAGGUCACAAGGCGCGGGACGACACGUUAUGCUCGAUGAUGAUGACGAAGACGACGAUGAGUACAGUCCAUACGGCGCACGAAGACGAAGACCAGCUCGCAGAGCUGUAGUCGGCGACCGCUAUCCACCUAUUCCCUCGGAAGAAGGCGCAAAAUUGAUGCAAAGCGGUACAUUCGGCAACAACGACCGCUGUCGGCAUACAUCUUGCGGCCUUCCUCUCAACCAAGACGUUCGUCGCCACAAACGCAAACUCGCCUAUCGAAUGCUGGAUCGCGAACUUGGAGUCGAAAACCGCGGUCGCGCCAAGGUCCUCUCCAAUCUUGCAUCGCAAGACCUCAUUCCGGGCUCGAAGGCGGACUUGAUCAUUAACUUGAAUGCGCGCUGUUACUCCGGCCAGUUCUCUGAAGAUGGAAGUUUCUUCUUUGCUUGCGGGCAGGAUUUCAAGGUGCGCAUGUAUGACACUUCGAAUCCGUAUGACUGGAAGUACUACAAGACGGUACACUAUUACGGAGGCCAGUGGACGAUCACAGAUGCCAGUUUGAGUCCAGACAACAAGCUGUUGGCGUAUAGCAGUAUUCGAAGUCAAAUCUGCUUAGCCAGGACGGAGCAGGGAGAUCAAUCUGAGCCUCAGUUGCUGGACUUCUCAGAUCUGGGGAGUGGUGCCGGAGGCCCUGGUUAUGGGAGGCAUCGUGGCCAUUUCGGAAUUUGGUCGCUGCGAUUCAGUGGAGAUGGCAGUGAAAUUGUGGCAGGGACGUCGGAUCAGUCAGUGUACGUCUACGAUCUGGAAGCGCGCCGGAGCAUCUUGCGAAUACCUGGUCAUCAGGACGACGUGAAUGCGGUGUGCUUCGGUGACAAGAUGAGUCCGCAUAUCUUGUACUCUGGGUCUGAUGACACCACCCUGAAAGUCUGGGACCGGAGAUCAUUGGCAAGUAUGAGACCGGCGGGUAUGUUCUUGGGUCACACGGAAGGUAUUACAUAUAUCGACAGCAAAGGUGAUGGGAGAUAUGUUAUCUCGAACGGCAAGGAUCAGACUUGUAAGCUGUGGGAUCUGAGGAAGAUGGUUUCGACGGACGUUGGCGAGCGAGUGAAUCCACAGGACUACACAACCAACUUUGACUACCGCUUUUCACCUUACGACACUGACGACCACACACCGCACCCCUACGACUGCUCACUAGUAACAUUCCGAGGUCAUCGCGUGCUCAAGACUCUGAUCCGCUGCCACUUCUCACCCGCCUCCUCGACUGACGGCCGCUACAUCUACAGCGGCUCUCACGAUGGCAAGAUCUAUGUCUGGAACCUCGACGGCACCACAGCCGGAACCAUCAAUGUCCUCGCCGCGACGAAGAACUCCCGGCCCGUCAGCGACGAACGAUUCGUUGACCGAUUCGAUUACUACGGUCAAGGCGGCGUGUGGAAGACCAUUGUACGCGACGCCAGUUGGCACCCUUCAGCACCCGUGAUCGCGGCCACGAGUUGGAAUGGGUGGGAUCAUGGCCUGGGAACAUGUACUGUGCACUCGUGGAACGAUGGGCAAGAUACCGAUGAGUGUGCUCCUGAGGAUGAGACGGAGUUGCAGACUGGAGAGGCGUACGACAAGGCGGAGACUCUGGGAAACGCGCCGAUGGGCAGUCGGGUCACGGCACAACUGGUGCAUGAUCAGAGGUACUAUGGCAGUACGAAUGGUUCGGCUAGGGAGGCGAGGAGGACUAGAUUAAGGGAUCGAAUGGGACUAGGGGCAUUGUUCGGUGGGGAUGACGAUGAUUGA